UACGGCAUCGGCGGCGGCGAAACUGGCGACUACAAGACCCCGGCCCGCAACGCGCGCGCCGUGGCAGCCGCGCCGUACUGGGGCGUCGACGGGCGCUACGAGUCGUGGAAGGACCCCUGGAACCGCGGGGACAACCGCGCGUUCCUGCGGCGCUUCUACGACGCGACCGUGCAGUUUGCUAAGCAGGGCGGCGGCCCGACCUACCGCGUGAAGGGCAUAUUCCUGUGGAACAUCAUCAGCUACGACGUCGUCGGCAUCCACUACCUGAGCUCUUCCAACAGCGGCAGCUACCGCGACACCGCGAUUUCGAACGCGCUGCGGUCGUACAACCUCGGGGUGCGCAACAACCGCUGA